CCUGUUCAGAAAUCAAAUGCAUAAACAAGGAUAUCGAAUGGAGCAAAUAAGCCAGAUAAGCACAAGUAGCAGUGGCAAACAAUCGCACCACACCCUCCCCGGCACUUCGAUUCGACCGCUAGGGUUACUGCUGCUGGUUUGUUUACUAGCCUCGAUGGUACAAGUCUCUGCCAGACCUUCAGACGCUGCUAAGCCAGUUGCUAUGGUUUCAUCGAGCGAUCGCAGUAAUCCAGCAUCCAUUCCGCAUCGCAAUCUCAAACGGCGCUCGGCGGAAGAGCACGACUACGGUGACUAUUUCGAUGAGGAAUAUUUGCACAUCCGACGUUGUUAUGAAGAUGAAGAUGUCAACGAACUGUGCCAACGAUGUUCGAAGGUGACGAAAUCAGCUAUCGUGUUUCCGAUGUGCUGCAGUAACGAAGACGAAACGAUGGACUGGUGCAAGGCGUACGUCUACUACGGUAUACAGAAUUGAUGAUCUACAAUCUCCAUCGUCGCACUCUCGGGAAGUGCACGCGCCACUUAGACUGAUCCACUGAUUAGCCUAGCUAGCAGAAUCUAUUUAUUUAUGUACAAACGUCCCCGUUCAUCCUUCGUGUCGUCGUCAUAUUUGUGUCCGUUAUUUCAUCGUGUCGUAAUUUAUUAAUGCCAUUAUUACUUACAUUACCGGAAGUGGAAGGAGAUUAGAAGACUGCUGUGAUUCCUACUUUAUUAUAAACUAGGUAAAGGUAGUAAGAUAGGCUAACAAUGAAAAUAAGCAGCCUAUGG